AUGCCCGGCACAGGCGAACCCAGUGGGGGAUCCAACUCAGGCUACGGCGGACAGGCGCCCAACCGAUCUUACGAAGACAGAGCGCGCCUAAGAGAGAAUAUGAUGAGCAACAUUCGCGAGACUUCUCAGCAGGACCGCCGUGUCUACGUCGGCAAUCUCUCUUACGAUGUCAAGUGGCACCACCUCAAGGAUUUUAUGAGACAGGCGGGAGAGGUUCUCUUUGCCGACGUGCUAUUGCUUCCAAACGGAAUGUCGAAGGGAUGCGGAAUUGUGGAGUACGCUACAAGAGAUCAAGCUCAACAAGCUGUUACUCAGCUGAGCAACCAGAACCUCAUGGGUCGUCUUGUCUACGUGCGCGAGGAUCGUGAGGCGGAACCUCGGUUCAUCGGAACCACUGGCGGUGGCCGCGGCGGAUUCGCCGGCGGCGGCGGUAUGCCUGGAGGCGGCUUCAAUCCCGGAUUUGCCGGAGGCCCCCCCGGUGGCGGCGCCGGUCGCCAGAUUUAUGUCGCCAAUCUGCCUUUCAACAUCGGUUGGCAAGACCUGAAGGAUCUUUUCCGUCAAGCCACUCGUGUCGGUGUUGUUAUCCGCGCCGAUGUCCACAGCGGACCUGACGGACGCCCCAAGGGCUCCGGCAUUGUUGUCUUCGAGAGCCCCGAAGACGCUCGCAAUGCCAUCCAGCAGUUCAACGGCUACGACUGGCAGGGCCGUGUUCUCGAGGUGCGUGAGGACCGUUAUGCCGGUGCCGGCGGAGGCCCCAUGGGAGGCUUCCCCGGCCGUGGGGGCUUCGGCGGCGGUAUGCGUGGGGGCUUCGGCGGCGGUUUCGGCGGCCGUGGAGGCUUCGGUGGUCGUGGUGGCUUCGGCUUCGGCGGUCGUGGCGGCUUCCCCGGUGCCCAAAUGCCCGGCCCCGGUCACGGCCCCAACCCUGGUCACGGCCCUGGCCCCGGUCCUAACCCCGGCUUUGAUGCCCCUGCCCCUCCUCCCAACCCCUUUACCGACAACGCCACUGGCGGAACGGAGAAGAACGAAAUCAUCUACGUUCGGAACCUUCCCUGGUCUACGAGCAACGAAGAUCUAGUCGAACUCUUCACAACGAUCGGCAAGGUUGAGCAGGCUGAGAUUCAGUACGAGCCUAGCGGCCGAUCCCGCGGCAGCGGUGUCGUGCGUUUCGAUUCCGCUGACACCGCCGACACUGCUAUCACUAAGUUUCAGGGAUAUCAGUACGGUGGUCGCCCUCUGCACCUGAGCUUUGUCAAGUACAUCAACAACCAAGUCGGUGAAGAGGCCAUGGAGACGGAACCCCACAACGGGAUGACACAGGACCAGAUGAUGUAG